GACAUUUAUAUUUUGACAUUAUUUUCGCUAUUUUAAGAACCUCGAAUUGAGAUUGAGAUUUACUGAAGUUAUUUUGCGAAUUUAGUUAGUUUUGAAAAAAACAAGAUCAAAGUGUUAAUUCGAAAAAUAUUACAAUAUUAGAUUAAUGGUCUAGGUUAAGAAAAUAUUAUUUCGUUUUUCGUGACACUUCAUAUGAGUAACGGUUAGGAAAAGAGGUACUAAAACUUCAAGCACUUUGCGCGGGAAGUAACAAAUACCUAAUUCGGGUUAUAGUUUAACAUUAUUGUGCGCUAUUAGAUAAAAGUAAAAAUGACAGACGUCUUAGGGCAUUUAGUAGUUGAUGGAAAUGAUGUUAUGGAAUUUAAAUUAGUUCGUUCUGCGAGAGACAUAGAAAACGAUGAAACUAGUUUUGGGCCGGAAAUGUGCCACCAAGUAUUUGGAGAAAAUGAAAAUAUAUUUGGUUACACAGAUUUGCAGAUAAAACUUUAUUACAGUGCAGGUAGUCUUCAAACAUAUUUGGGAAUUUCCUAUUCAGACAAGAUUGAUCCAAAGAAAUCGGGUGGAUUAAAAGCUGAUGACAUUGAAGGGGAACUCAAAAAGGUGCUGGCACCAGGUUAUGUUACCAAUUUAGAUCAGUUUAUAUCUAAUUUGGAGAGGGACAAAACAUUUACACCAUAUGGGAAACUUCUUCAUUCAUUUAAUAUUGAAUCAAGUGAUAGUGGUGACAAACGCACAUUUGAAGUCUAUUACUGUGAGACAUCCACACCUGGUUUCCUGGAUUAUCAUGAGAGAUUACAGACUUUCCUUCUCUGGUACAUUGAUGCUGCUUCAUUUAUUGAUGUGGAUGAUGAUCAGUGGACAUUUUUUACUAUGUUCGAAAAGUGCAAGACAAGUGAAGGAGGCACAACAUAUUCAACAGCUGCGUAUGCCACAGUGUUCCGUUACUAUGCUUACCCCUGUCAUCAGAGACCGCGUAUUUCACAGGUUCUGACUCUGCCACCUUUUCGGAAGCUCGGAUUAUGUGCACAGUUGGUUCAGGUUAUUGGAGCCAAGGUAGUAACUAACGCCAGAACUCCAGGAUCACGGUGCUAUGGCUAUGUAACAAUGGCCAGUCCUCAAGAUGCUGAGAACUGCAUUAAAAAUUUACAUAGAACAGAGUUACAUGGGCGUAUGAUAUCUGUGGAGAAAGCUAAGUCAGAAUCAGAGUCAUCAUCGCGUCGUCAAGCGUCCGCUGUUCGUCCAGAACGGCGGCCAAGUAAAGAACGCAAAGAGGAGCCUAAGGAAAAUGAGGAAAGCCAAGAAAGUGGUGAAAAAUCGGGUGAAGUAAAACAGAAGAAGGAUGGUGAUGUUUCCGGUGCAGAGAGCACUCGUUCUACAUCACGCACGAGGGAAAAAUCACAUCGGUCGGAAAAGGUAUCAUUUGUCUGCUAUUAUCUUGAUGGUAAAAAUUAA